AGCUGUUGCCCAGCAUUUCUCAGGAGGGAAGAGUUGGGGAGGCUCUGGCAGCUUGGGAAACGUUUUAACUUUAAAGUCACCGGUUUGCAGGAAUACAUAAAGUGGAAUAGCAGAUUGGGACACGAGUGGAUGGAAAGCAAACACCUUUCUUUACUGUAGGGUUGCUGAAAUUCUACUGUAACCUUCUAUAGUAAAGACUCACUAAAUCUGUUUGAAGAUGGCAUCAGAAGAAGAGUAUGAAGAAGAGAUUAUGGAGGAGUACUACUAUGAGGAGGGUCCAACAGUCACCACCACGACCACCUCAAUGUCUCACGGUGUUGAGCUUGGACCUGGUGGUCUUCCCAAACGCACGGUUAGGAAGAAGGUGAAGGUGGACACCUCCAAGUUCAUGACUCCUUAUCUGGCACACAGUCAGAAGAUGCUUGACCAGUACAGCCAUAAUAAGUACAGGGAGGCAUAUGAAAAAUCAAAGGGGCAGCCCUAUGCCAUUUCGGCUGACACACCUGAGAUGAUUCGCAUCAAGAAGGCCCAGGAGCAGCUCAGUGAGGUGAAAUACCGUAUGGAAGGACUGAAGGCUAAAACCACCAGCCUUUAUGAUGGUGAGGCUCGUGAGAUUGCUCAUGUGAAGCACGUCUCUGAACUCAUCAGCAAAGUUCUGUACAGGCAAAAAUGGGAUGAGACUAAGGAUAGGUACUUGCUUCCUCCGGAUGCCCCUGAGUUGGUUCUUGCUGUGAAGAAUGCAGCAAAUUACAGCAAAAAACUGUACACAGAGGCAUGGGAUGAGGAUAAAACCAUGUACUAUCCAUACAGUGACAGUCCAGAGCUGCGCAGGGUGGCCAAGGCCCAACAUGACCUCAGUGAUAUUGUGUACAAGAAGGGCCAUAAUGAGCGCAUGGCAAAGUACACAUGUCUGGCUGAUCCCCCAGAGGUUGAACUGGCCAAGAAAAACUUCGCCAAUCGUAGUAAUCUUAAAUAUCAUGAGGAUUACAACAAGAACGUCAAGGGCCAAUGGUGUGAAACCCCUUACUUUGAUGUCGCUGUUGCUAGAAUGGCUAUGGACAACAUCAGCGACAAAAAAUAUACGGCUGAUUUUGAAGAUAUGAAAGACCAAAUUUAUUUUAUGCAAACAGACACACCAACAUACGCUUCCAAUAAAAAGGCUCGUGAAGCUGCAAGUACGGUCAAAUAUAAGAAGGACUAUGAGAAGACAAAAGCAACGUCCGAUUACAACGUUCUCCCUGCUACAGAGAACCCCCUUCUCAGACAGCUGAGAUAUGCAGGCACCAUCUUGAGUGAUAAAGUAUAUAAAGCUAAUUAUGAGAAGUCCCGGGGAUUCAGCAUCAAUUACUGCGACACUCCCAAAUUCAAGAUGGACAGUGUAUUGAAGAAGUUCAAUGAUAUCCGAUAUAAAGAAAAGUAUGAAAAUGAGGUGAAGGGUCAUUAUGUUGGUAGCUAUGAAGAUUUAUUUACAGUUCACUGCCAGAAGAUGGAAGAACUGAAGAAUAAUCAAAUCUACAAAGCUGAUUAUGAGGAUACGAAGACAAGGUGUUUCUUCCCUCAAACAGUUACACCUGAAUAUGAGGCCAGUAAGAAGCUUCAGCAAUGUCAAGAUAAAGUUUAUCGUCAACAUCCAGACAAGGUGAAGUUCACACAGGUGACAGACUCCCCUGUUCAAGUGCAAGCUGCCAUCAACGCCAAACAGCUGAGUGAUCUCAACUACAAGGAAAAAUACGAGAAGGAGAAGUUUAAGUGUUACCUUCCUGCGGAUUACCCUUUCUUCAUUCAGUCUAGAGUUAAUGCGUAUAACCUUAGUGAUACCUGUUACAAGUAUGAAUGGGAAAAAGCAAAAGCGAAGAAAUUUGAGGUGAAAGGGGAUGCAAUUUCUAUCCUUGCAGCCCGUGCUCACACUAACAUCGCCAGCGAUGUGAAAUACAAGAAGGAAUAUGAGAAGAACAGAGGGCAGAUGAUUGGGGCUCUCAGCAUCAAAGAUGACCCUAAGAUGAUGCAUUCAGUGCAUGUUGCUAAGAUCCAAAGCGAGCGUGAGUACAAGAAAGACUAUGAGAAGAUGAAGACCAAGUACCAUACUACACUGGACAUGAUGCUUGUGACACUUGCUAAGAAAUCUCAGGCCAUUGCCAGCAUGACUGGCUAUAAGAAUAUCCCAAACCGUUACCUCCUCCCUUAUGACAGCAUACCACUGGACCAUGCAAAGAAGGCCAAUGCUCUUCAGAGUGAUAAUGAAUACAAGUCCGACUUCAAUAACUACGUCAAAGGAACGCCUUGGGUGCCUUACGGCUCUAUAGAAGCUGAGAAAUCCAAGAAAGCAGGGGAGAUCUUAAGUGAGAGAAAAUACAGGCAGCAUCCAGACACCGUACCUUUUACCUCUAUAGAUGACCACCCCCUCCAGCUGCAGGCUAAAGUCAACCAGAUGAUAAGAAGUGAUCUGCACUAUAAGAAAGGUCUGGAUAAAAUCCUUCAGAAAAACUCCCUGCCUCCUGAUGUCCCAGAGUUCCUUCAGGCCAGGUGUAAUGCCUACAACAUAAGCGAUAAAUGCUAUAAGCUUGAAUGGCUGAAGACCAUUGCAAAGGGCUACGAUUUGAAGCCUGACGCCAUCUCUGUAAAAGCUGCAAAGGCAGCAAGACAUGCUGCUAGUGAUGUUCAGUAUAAGAAGAAGUACAUGAAGGAAAGAGGCCACCAUGUUGGCUUCCGUAGCCUCCAGGACGACCCCUUGCUGGUGCACUACAUGGAAGUGGCUAAGAUUCAGAGUGAUAAACUCUACAAGAAGGAUUACCACAAGUCUAAGCUGAAGUACCAUACCCCUGUGGACAUGUUGAGUGUUGCACAGGCCAAACAUGCCUCAAAGGUUCAGACAUAUGCAGGAUACAAGCAGCAUUUCCAUCAUUACACCCUGCUGCCUGAUGCCAUGAACCUGGCAUUAGCUCGCUCCAUGAACAUCAGCUCCAGUGAUGUCCAGUAUAAACAGGACUAUGAUAACUAUGUAAAGGGGACAGGCUGGAUCCCCAUCGGUUCUCUGGAUGUGGAAAGGGCAAAGACUGCUGCUGCAGCUCUCAAUGAGAAGAAGUACAGGCAGCACCCAGACACUAUCAAGUUCACCAGUGUUCUGGAAACCCCAGUCAUGGAACAAGCCAAACUGAAUGCACAGCAGCUAAGCGAUAGGCUGUACAAAGCCAGUGGUGAGAAGUUCAUGCACACUUACCAUCUCCCUGCUGAUGCACCAGAGCUUCUGCAAGCCAAAUACAACGCUGUCAAUAUCAGCAAUAAAUACUAUACCUACGCACACAAGAAGGAUCUUCUGAAAGGUCAUCACAUGAAGCAUGAUGCCAUUCCUAUUGUUGCUGCGAAAUCCUCUAGGGAUAUUGCAAGUGAUUACAAGUAUAAGCUUGCUUAUCAGAAGGCAAGAGGUCACCAUGUUGGCUUCCGUAGCCUCCAGGACGACCCCUUGCUGGUACACUACAUGGAGGUGGCUAAGAUGCAAAGCGAAAAGAACUACAAAAAGGAUUAUCACAAGUCUAAGCUGAAGUACCAUACCCCUGUGGACAUGUUGAGUGUUGUGCAGGCCAAAAAUGCCUCAAAAGUUCAGACAAAUGCAGGAUACAAGCAGCAUUUCCAUCAUUACACCCUGCUGCCUGAUGCCAUGAACGUGGAACUGACUCGCAACAUGAUGGAGAUCCAGAGUGAUAAUUUGUACAAAUCAGAUUUCAACAACGUCUUCAGAGGAGCAGGCUGGGUUCCCAUCGGUUCUAUUGAUGUUCAGAAGGUCAAGGCUGCCAAUAAAGCCCUUGAUGAGAGGUCCUACAGAAUUCACCCCGGUACGCUCAAAUUUACCAGUCUGACAGAUCAGAUGAACAUGGUUUUGGCCAUGAACAACACAAAACUACAAAAUAAAGCUGCCUAUAAAGCCUCUGGAGAGAAGUUUAUGCACACGUACAAUCUACCAGCUGAUGCCCCAGAGUUCCUGCAGGCCAAAUAUAAUGCCCAGACUGUGAGUGAGUCACGCUACAAGGCACAGUGGCUUGUGGACAUUGCUAAAGGCUAUGACAUGAAAGCUGAUGCUAUUUCCAUUGUUGCUGCUAAACAAGGAAGACACAUUGCCAGCAACUACCAAUACAAAAAAGCAUAUGAGAAAGCAAAAGGCCACCAUGUUGGCUUCCGUAGUCUCCAGGACGACCCCUUGCUGGUGCACUACAUGGAGGUGGCUAAGAUGCAAAGCGAAAAGAACUACAAAAAGGAUUACCACAAGAUCAAGCUGAAGUACCAUACACCUGUGGACAUGUUGAGUGUUGUGCAAGCCAAAACUGCCUCAAAGGUUCAGACAUAUGCAGGUUACAAGCAGCAUUUCCAUCAUUACACCCUGCUGCCUGAUGCCAUGAACCUGGCGUUAGCUCGCUCCAUGAACAUCAGCUCCAGUGACGUUGAGUACAAGAGUGAGUACAACGACACCGUUAAGGGUAUGGGUUGGGUGCCCAUUGGUUCACUGGCUGUAGAGACUGCAAAGGUUGGAGGGAGGAUCCUGAGUGAACACAACUACCGCACUCACCCCUCCAACUACAAGUUCCACAAACUUAUGGAUUCUAUGGACCUCGCAUUGGCUAGUGCCAAUAAUAAGAUCAUGGACAAGAAAUCCUAUCAUGCUGCCUGGGAAAAGGACAAGCUCAAGAUUCAUGUGAUGCCUGACAGUCCUGAUAUUGUCCUGGCCAAGGCCAAUGCAUUGAACAUGAGCCAGAAACUCUACAAAGCUGGCCUUGAGGAAAUGAAUAAGAAAGGCUAUGACCUCAAACCAGAUGCUAUCUCAAUCGUGGCUGCCAAAGCAGGCAGGAAUAUUGCUAGCAAUUACAAGUAUAAACUGGCAUAUGAGAAAGCGAAAGGCCACCAUGUUGGCUUCCGUAGCCUCCAGGACGACCCCUUGCUGGUGCACUACAUGGAAGUGGCUAAGAUACAGAGCGAGAGGAACUACAAGAAGGAUUACCACAAGUCUAAGCUGAAAUACCAUACCCCUGUGGACAUGUUGAGUGUUGUACAAGCCAAAACUGCCUCAAAGGUUCAGACAAAUGCAGGAUACAAGCAACAUUUUCAUCAUUACACCCUGCUGCCUGAUGCCAUGAACCUGGCGUUAGCUCGCUCCAUGAACGUCAGCUCCAGUGAUGUUGAGUACAAGAGUGAGUACAAUGACACCGUUAAGGGUAUGGGUUGGGUGCCCAUUGGUUCACUGGCUGUAGAGACUGCAAAGGUUGGAGGAAGGAUCCUGAGUGAACACAGCUACCGCACUCACCCCUCCAACUACAAGUUCCACAAACUUAUGGAUUCUAUGGACCUCGCAUUGGCUAGUGCCAAUAAUAAGAUCAUGGACAAGCAAGCAUACACGGACGCCUGGAACAAGGACAAGAUAAAUAUCCAUAUUAUGCCUGACAGUCCUGAAAUCGUUCUUGCAAAGGCUAAUGCAAUCAACAUCAGUGAGAAAGCCUACAAAGCAGGACUGGAAGCCCUGAAGAAGAAAGGUCAUGACCUCAAGGCAGAUGCUGUAUCAGUGGUUGCAGCUAGGGCCUCCACAAACAUUGCCAGUGAUUACAAAUACAAAAAGGAGUACAACAAAGCAAGAGGACAUCAUGUUGGCUUCCGUAGUCUCCAGGACGACCCCUUGCUGGUGCACUACAUGGAGGUCGCUAGGAUUCAGAGUGAUAAACUCUACAAGAAGGAUUAUCACAAGUCCAAACUGAAGUACCAUACACCUGUGGACAUGUUGAGUGUUGUUCAUGCUAAGCAGGCUACAGCUGCUCAAACUUUUGCUGGAUAUCGGCAUAUCAUUACACAUUAUAAAGUUCUACCUGAUGCCAUGAACCUAGAGCUGGCCCGUAACAUGCAGGCGAUCGCAAGUGAUAACGUCUACAAAUCUGAAUAUAACAGUUACAUCAGAGGAAUUGGAUGGGUUCCCAUUGGAUCUCUGGAUGUGGAGAAAGCGAAGACUGCUAGCCGGAUAGGCAGCGAGAAACUGUACCGCACACAUCCUAGUAACUUCAAGUUCACUAAAGACAUGGAUUCCAUGGAUCUGGUCCUAGCCUCGGCCAACAAUGAAAUCAAAAACAAGCAAAAGUAUACUGCAGCCUGGGAACAGGACAAAACCAAGAUUCACAUUAUGCCUGAUUCAAUGGAAGUGGCUCUUGCUCGACAAAAUAAACUUAACUACAGUGAGAAACUAUACAAACUUGCCAAUGAACUGUCAAAGAAAAAGGGUUACGAUCUACGUGCUGACGCCAUCCCAAUUCAAGCUGCAAAAGCAUCAUGUGCCAUUGCUAGUAAUUACAAGUACAAGACUGGUUAUCGUAAGCAAGUCGGACAUCACAUUGGAGCCCUAAGCAUCCAGGAUGAUCCUUUGCUCAUGCUGGCCUUGAACUCAGCUAGGAUUGCUAGUGAUGCUCUCUACAAGAAAGACUUCAACAAGUCCAAAACUAAGUUCAACCUUCCAGUGGACAUGAUAGCUUUUGAGUUGGCCAAGAAGAACCAGAUCCAGGUCAAUGAUGCCAACUACAGAACCUACCUGCACAACUGGACCUGCCUGCCUGACUCCAAUGAUGUCGUCCAGGCCAAACAAGUCUAUGACCUCCAGAGUGACGCGGUGUAUAAGGCCGAUCUGAAGUGGCUUCAAGGUACCGGAUGGGUUCCCAUUGGUUCGAUUGAUGUUGAGAAAGUGAAAAAGGCUGGAGAAAUCCUAAGUGAAAAGAAGUAUCGUCAGCACCCAAGCAACUUUAAGUUUACUUGUUCAACUGAAGACAUGCCACUGGUAUUGGCCAAAGCCAAUAAUGAAAUAAUGAACAAGUCAAAAUAUGCUGAAGCCUGGAACAAUGAUAAAACUAAAGUUCAUAUCAUGCCAGAUGCAAUGGAUGUGGUUCUUGCAAAGCAAAACAAAGUCAUCUAUAGUGAGAAACAAUAUAAACUUGCCAAUGAACUGGCCAAGAAGAAGGGUUAUGAUUUGCGCAAUGAUGCCAUAUCUAUAAUUGCAGCCAAAGCCUCCAGGGACAUUGCUAGUGACUAUAAGUACAAGACUGGUUAUCGUAAGCAAGUUGGUCAUCACAUUGGAGCACUGAGCAUCCAAGAUGAUCCUCUGCUCAUGUUGGCCUUGAACUCAGCAAAGAUUGCUAGUGAUGCUCUCUACAAGAAAGACUUCAACAAGUCCAAAACCAAGUUCCACCUCCCAGUGGACCUGCUGACUAUUGAGCUGGCCAAGAAGUGCCAGAUCCAAGUCAAUGAUGCCAACUACAGAACUCACCUGCACAACUGGACCUGCCUGCCUGACUCCAAUGAUGUUGUCCAGGCCAAACAAGUCUAUGACCUUCAGAGUGAUGCUGUUUACAAGGCUGAUCUGAAAUGGCUUCAAGGUCUCGGAUGGGUCCCCAUUGGUUCAGUGGAUGUUGAGAAAGUGAAAAAGGCUGGAGAAAUCCUAAGUGAAAAGAAGUACCGUCAGCACCCAAGCAACUUUAAAUACACCAUGUCAACUCAAGACAUGCCAAUAGCCUUGGCUAAAGCCAAUAACGAUGUCAUGAACAAGCAACUAUAUGUUGAUGCAUGGAACAAAGACAAGACAAAGAUCCAUAUUAUGCCUGAUGCUAUGGACAUUCUACUCGCAAAACAAAACAAGGCCAACUACAGUGUGAAAUUAUACAAGCUUGCAAAUGAGGAAGCUAAAAAGAAGGGAUAUGACAUGCGAAAUGAUGCCAUCCCCAUCAAAGCAGCUAAGGCCUCCAGGGACAUUGCUAGUGAUUACAAGUACAAGGCUGGUUAUCGUAAGCAAGUCGGUCAUCACAUUGGAGCUCUGAGCGUCCAAGAUGAUCCUCUGCUCAUGCUGGCCUUGAACUCAGCUAAGAUUGCUAGUGAUGCUCUCUACAAGAAGGACUUUAACAAGUCCAAGACCAAGUUCCACCUCCCAGUGGACCUGCUGUCUCUCGAGUUGGCCAAGAAGUGCCAGAUCCAAGUGAAUGAUGCCAACUACAGAACUCACCUGCACAACUGGACCUGCCUGCCUGACUCCAAUGACGUUGUCCAGGCCAGACAAGUCUAUGACCUCCAGAGUGAUGCUGUGUACAGAGCUGAUUUAAAAUGGCUUCAAGGUCUCGGAUGGGUUCCCAUUGGUUCGGUUGAUGUUGAAAAAGUGAAAAAGGCUGGAGAAAUCCUAAGUGAAAGGAAGUAUCGCCAGCACCCAAGCAACUUCAAGUUCACUUGCACAACUGAAGACAUGCCACUGGCCUUGGCCAAAGCCAAUGCAAACAUCAUGAACAAGAAAAGCUAUGUUGAUGCUUGGGAAAAGGAUAAAACCAAGGUCCACGUCAUGCCAGAUACAAUGGAGAUUGUGCUAGCUAAACAGAACAAAGCUAACUACAGUGUGAAACAAUACAAGCUUGCCAAUGAGGAGGCCAAGAAGAAAGGCUAUGACAUGCGUGGUGAUGCCAUUUCUAUUAAAGCAGCUAAAGCCUCUCGGGAUAUUAUCAGUGAUUACAAGUACAAGACUGGUUAUCGUAAGCAAGUCGGUCAUCACAUUGGAGCCCUGAGCGUCCAGGAUGAUCCUCUGAUCAUGCUGGCCUUGAACUCAGCUAGGAUUGCUAGUGACGCUCUCUACAAGAAAGACUUCAACAAGUCCAAGACCAAGUUUCACCUCCCAGUGGACCUGCUGACUAUUGAGUUGGCCAAGAAGUGCCAGAUCCAAGUCAAUGAUGCCAACUACAGAACCUACCUGCACAACUGGACCUGCCUGCCUGACUCCAAUGAUGUCGUCCAGGCCAAACAAGUCUAUGACCUCCAGAGUGACGCGGUGUACAAGGCUGAUCUGAAAUGGCUUCAAGGAAUCGGAUGGGUUCCCAUUGGUUCAGUGGAUGUUGAGAAAGUGAAAAAGGCUGGAGAAAUCCUGAGUGAAAGGAAGUACCGCCAACACCCAAGCAACUUCAAGUUCACACUUACAACUGAAGACAUGCCAAUAGUUUUAUCUAAAAAUAAUGCUUCUAAUAUUAACAAGAAACUUUACACUGAAGCCUGGGACAAGGAUAAAACCAAAAUCCAUGUUAUGCCUGACUGCAUGGAAGUUCUGUUGGCAAAGCAGAACAAUAUAAACUACAGUGAGAAAAGAUAUAAACUUGCCAACGAAGAAUCUAAGAAGAAGGGCUAUGAUUUGCGUGGUGAUGCUAUUGCUAUCAAAGCAGCUAAGGCUUCCAGGGAUAUCAUCAGUGAUUACAAGUACAAGGCUGGUUAUCGUAAGCAAGUCGGUCAUCACAUUGGAGCCCUGAGCGUCCAGGAUGAUCCUCUGCUCAUGCUGGCCUUGAACUCAGCUAAGAUUGCUAGUGAUGCUCUUUACAAGAAAGACUUCAACAAGUCCAAGACCAAGUUCCACCUCCCAGUGGACCUGCUGACUAUUGAGUUGGCCAAGAAGUGCCAGAUCCAGGUCAAUGAUGCCAACUACAGAACCUACCUGCACAACUGGACCUGCCUUCCCGACUCCAAUGAUGUCGUCCAGGCCAGAAAAGUGUAUGAUCUGCGUAGCGAUGCUGUGUACAAGGCAGACAUGGAGUUUAUGACCGGUGUAGGAUGGGUCCCAAUUGGCUCGAUUGAUGUCCUGAAAGCAAAGAAAGCAGCUGAGAUCCUUAGUGAUCGACUCUACCGACAGAAACCAGACACAUUUAAAUAUACACAAGACAUGCAGUCCAUGCCUUUGGUGCUUGCUAAGACAAAUGCCCAAAUUAUGGAUCAGCGUCAAUACCAUGCAGCAUGGGAGAGCGACAAGGUCAAAAUCCAUAUCCCUGCUGAUACCCCAGAGAUUGUGCUCUCAAGUGCUAAUGCAAUGAACAAUAGUAGGAAACUGUACAGACAAGCAGUUGAAGAAAUCUUCAGGAAAGGCUAUGACCUCAAAUCUGACGCUGUCGCCAUCAAAGCUGCUAAAGCAUCCAGAGACAUUAUUAGUGAUUACAAGUACAAGGCUGGUUAUCGUAAGCAAGUUGGCCAUCACAUUGGGGCCCUCAGUGUCCAUGAUGAUCCCUUGAUCAUGCUGGCCUUGAACUCAGCUAAGAUUGCUAGUGACGCUCUCUACAAGAAAGACUUCAACAAGUCCAAGACCAAGUUCCACCUCCCAGUGGACCUGCUGACUAUUGAGUUGGCCAAGAAGUGCCAGAUCCAGGUCAAUGAUGCCAACUACAGAACCUACCUGCACAACUGGACCUGCUUGCCUGACUCAAAUGACGUCGUCCAGGCCAGGAAGGUCUACGAUCUUCAGAGUGAUGCUGUGUAUAAGGCUGAUAUGGAAUGGAUCAGAGGUACAGGAUGGGUACCCAUAGGUUCAGUUGAUGUAGAGAAGGCUAAAAAGGCUGCUGAGAUUCUGAAUGAAAGGAAGUACCGACAGCAUCCAAGCAACUUCAAGUAUACAAGCAAGACAGAUGCCGUACCUUUUGCUCUUGCCCAAGCUAAUGCCAAGAUCAUGGACAAGAGUGCAUAUGUUGAUGCCUGGAAUAAGGAGAAGAUUCAUAUCCACGUCAUGCCAGACACACCUGAGAUUGUUCUUGGCAAACAAAACAGACUCAACACAAGCAUCAAAUAUUACCGUCAAGACUAUGAGGACAGCCUUAGUAAGGGCUACUUCCUGCCUAAGGAUGCUGUCGCAGUGAAAUCUGCCAAGGCCUCCAGAGACAUCAUUAGUGAUUACAAGUACAAAGCUGGAUACAGGAAGCAGCAAGGGCACCACAUUGGAGCCCUCAGCAUCCAUGAUGAUCCCUUGAUCAUGCUGGCAUUGAACUCUGGCAAGAUUGCUAGUGAUCUUCUCUACAAGAAAGACUUCAACAAGUCCAAGACCAAGUUCAACCUCCCAGUGGACCUGCUGACUAUUGAGUUGGCCAAGAAGUGCCAGAUCCAAGUCAAUGAUGCCAACUACAGAACCUACCUGCACAACUGGACCUGCCUGCCUGACUCCAAUGACGUCGUCCAGGCCAGGAAGGUCUACGAUCUUCAGAGUGAUGCUGUGUACAGAGCUGAUCUUGAAUGGAUCCGUGGAUGUGGCUGGAUGCCGCAAGGAUCCAUUGACGUCAUCAAAGCCAAGAAUGCUCAGGCUAUCCUUAAUGAGAAUCUGUACCGCCAGCAUCCCAGCACAGUCAAGUUCACCAGUGCUGUGGACCUGCCUGUUAUUGUCCUAGCCAAGCAAAAUGCUGACAUCCUCAGCGAUAAAAAAUACAGAGAAGCAUGGGAGAAAGAUAAGACAUCUGUCCACAUCAUGCCAAAUACACCUGCCAUCGAGUUGUCCAGAGCCAAUGCCAUUGCUAUCAGCAAUAAAAUGUAUACCAAAGACUGGGAUGUUACAAAGGCGAAGGCAUACCAAAUCAAAGAGGAUGCUGUGUCCGUGAUCAAGGCUAAGGCAUCCAGAGAUAUAGCCAGUGACUACAAGUACAAGGCUGGUUAUCGUAAGCAAGUCGGUCAUCACAUUGGAGCACUCAGUGUCCAUGAUGAUCCCUUGAUCAUGCUGGCCUUGAACUCAGCUAAGAUUGCUAGUGAUGCUCUCUACAAGAAGGACUUCAACAAGUCCAAGACCAAGUUUAACCUCCCAGCGGACCUGCUGUCUCUUGAACUGGCCAAGAAGUGCCAAAUCCAGGUCAAUGAUGCCAACUACAGAACCUACCUGCACAACUGGACCUGCUUGCCUGACUCCAAUGACGUUGUCCAGGCCAGGAAGGUCUAUGAUCUGCGUAGUGAUGCUGUGUACAAGGCUGACUUGGAGUGGAUCAGGGGAUGUGGAUGGAUUCCCCAUGAGUCUGUUGAAGUUAUCAAAGUGAGGAAUGCCCAAAAGGUUCUGGCUGAUAGAGGCUACCGUGUGAAACUGGAUGAGCAGAAAUAUACAACACCAAUUGAAAGAAUUGACUUUGUGCGCUCUAAAAAUGCUGCUGAUGUGCUCAAUGAGGCUAAGUACCGUGAAGCCUGGCACCAGGACAAGAUUAAAUACACACUGACAGACUCUCCAGUUUUGGCUACAGCCAGGGAAGUUUCCAAAAUGUACCACCCGCACUUCUACACUAAAAACUGGAACAAGACCAAGGCCACAUCAUACUUCAUGCCCGGAGAUGCAGUUCCAAUUAAACAAUGCAUCCAGACCAGUAAAGUACAGAGUGAUUACAAGUACAAGGCUGGUUACCGUAAACAAGUUGGUCAUCACAUUGGAGCCCUGAGCGUCCAGGAUGAUCCUCUGCUCAUGCUGGCCUUGAACUCAGCUAGGAUUGCUAGUGAUGCUCUCUACAAGAAAGACUUCAACAAGUCCAAAACUAAGUUCAACCUUCCAGUGGACAUGCUGGCAUUUGAACAUGCAAAGAAGUGCCAGAUCCAAGUCAAUGAUGAUAACUACAGAACUCGCCUGCACCAGUGGACAUGCUUGCCUGAUCAGAAUGAUGUCAUUCAGGCCCGUAAAACAUAUGACUUAGCCAGUGACAACAUCUACAAAGCCGAUCUGGAAUGGUUACGUGGUUGUGGAUGGGUGGCUGCUGAUUCUGUGGAUCAUGUCAAAGUCCGAAAAGCCCAGGAAAUUAUGAAUGAGAGACUCUACAAGAAGGAUGCCAAGGAAAACUUUGCCAAAUUUACCCACGUUGUGGAUCGCCCUGAGGUUCUUCUUGCAAAGGUUAACGCCUUUAACCUCAGUGAUCUGAAGUACAAAGAAUCAUUUAACCUGGAGAAGGGCCACUACAUCGGAUCGGAGGAUACACCACAGCUGGCUCACUCUAGAGAUUUCGCAAAGAUGAUCAGUGAGAAAUUGUACAAAGCCAACUGGGAUAAGAGCAAAGCCACUAGCUACCAGCUGAAUCAUGAAUAUAUACCAGUACAACAAGCCAAGAGGACCAGAGACAUUGUCAGUAAUUGUAAGUACCUUGAUGCUCAUGAGAAAGCCAAAGGACACUACAUGGCUUCAACAAUGGUUGACUUCCCUGAGGUGGCUCGCUCUGGCCAAAUGGAGAAAAUGAAGAAUCUGAGAGACUACCACAAAGCCUACAAUGAAACCAAAACUAAGCUCCACAUUCCUGCUGAUAUGAUCAGCCACGUGGUUGCCAAGAAAUGCCAAGAAAUCCUGAGCGAUGUUCUAUACCGUACACACCUGCACCAGUGGACAUGCCACCCUGAUCAGAGCGAUUCCAUCCGUGCACGCAAGGCCAAUGAGAUCUUGAGUGAUGUGUUCUACAAAGAGGACCUGAACUGGAUGAAGGGCGUUGGCUGUUACGCCUGGGAUACUCCUGAGAUUGUGCGUGCCAAGAAGUCAUACGAGCUUCAGAGUGAUAUUAAAUAUAAGGCAGAAGGCAAGAAGGAAUGGAACAACUACUCCAUUGUGACAGACACACCUGUAUAUGUGACUGCUGUUCUGGGCCACACUUGGGCAAGCGAGUUGACCUACAGAGAGGCCUAUCAUAAGGAGAAACACAUUUACACCACUGUUCUGGACACCUGUGACUACGCAAGAUGCUUUAACCUGAAGGAGAUCUACAGCACUAAAGCCUAUUCUGCAGCUUGGGACAAGAUCAAGGCCAAGAGCUACAGCAUCCCUCACGAUUCCCAUGCCUUAGUCCAUGCCAAACAACAGAAGGUUGUCCUGAGCAAUGUUAAAUACAAGGCAGAUUAUGAGAAGUUCAAGACCCUGUACAGCCUGCCUAAGUGUCUUGAGGAUGACCCUGCUACUGCAAGAUGUAUCAAAGCUGGAAAACUGGUUCUGGAUCGCUUGUACAAAGACAAAUAUGAGAAGACUAAGGCAAAAAUCCACAUACCUCACGACAUGCUCGACAUCAUAUCCGCACGCAAUACUCAGAAGACUGUCAGCGGAGUCAACUACCGUAAAUAUCUGCACCAGUGGAUCUGCCUGCCUGACAUGCAGGUGUACGUGCAAGCCCGCAAGGUCAACGAGCAACUGAGCGACAUCUUCUACAAAGAUGACCUCAACUGGUUGAAGGGUAUUGGCUGCUAUGCUUGGGACACUCCUGAGAUUCUUCGUUGUAAGCAAUCUAUGAAGCUGCAGAGCGAAAAUCUUUACAGAGCUAAGGGAAUCGAGCAUUUCAAGAACUACACUGUGGUCACGGAUACCCCCGUCUAUGAAACCUGCAAGCUGAGCGCUAAGAACUUGAGCGAGCUUAACUACCGUCAUGACUACGUCACAAACGUCAUGGGUAAAAACACCGCUCCUGCUGUGACCGUCGACACUGAAAGGGCCCGUCAAGCUAACUACAUCCAGAGCGACAACUUCUACAAAGAGGCCAAUAAGAUGUUUAUGCCCACUGGUUAUUCUCUGCCCUACGACACUCCCCUAAACAAACAGGCCAAGGCCAACAACAUCAUCACCAGCAAUAUGAAGUACAAGGAAGCCUAUGAGCUGAUGAAAGCCAGAGGCUACAAACUAGGUCCUGAAGAUAUCAACUUUGCCUCUGUAAGAAAGACUAACAAGGUCACCAACCAACGACUGUAUCGUGAGAAAUAUGAGAAGGAAAAGGACAAGAUCCACUCUGAGUAUGACACACCUGAGAUCCGGCAGGUUAAGGCCACUCAACAAGCCAUCAGUGAUCUGUGCUAUAAGGAGAAGUACUAUAACAGCAGAGGAACUCUCCUGCCCAUGCCCAUCACCCCAGAGCUGAUGCACUGCUUCCAUGUCAACGAGCUCAACAGCGAUCUAAAAUAUAAAGAGGAUUUGCAUUGGCUGAGAGGCAUUGGCUGCUUUAUGGCGGACUCUCCUGAGAUGGUCCGAAUCCGCGAGAUCACCAAGUUCAAGAAAUCAUAUGAGGUUGAUGCUAAGAAGAACUUCUCCAACUUCAGUGUAGUCCUGGACACACCAGAGUACAAGCGUGUGACUGAACUUAAGACCCACAUGAGUAAUAUUGUGUACCGAGCUGAGGGCAAUAAAGAAAAGACAAAAUGUGCCACUACUGUGGAUGCCCUGGAAAUUAAGAGAGCCAAGUGGGCACAGAGUCUGACUAACCAUUUCAAGUACAUUGAUCUGGCAUCCAAGGAGAGGGCCUUCUUCACCCCAGAAUCACACACUCCCAUCUUGGAUCAUGCCCGUUCCAUGAAAGUGGUGUACAGUGAGAAAAAGUACAAGGAACAGUAUGAGAAGAUGAAGCACAAGUAUACUCCCAUCCAUGACACACCGAUCCUGGUUCGUUCCAAGAAAGCCUACCUCAAUGCCAGUGAUUUGCGCUACAAGGAGACCUUUGAGCUGUCUAAGGGUCACUACCACGCUGACAAGGACGCCCUGGAUAUUCUCUGUGCCAAGAGGGUCAGAGAUGACAUCAGUGAGGUCAAAUACAGGGAGAAGUACAUCAGCACUUUGGGCACCUGGAAGUCUAUCCCUGACCGCCCUGAGUUCUUCCACAGCAGGAUUGUGAGGGACUGCAUCAGUGACAUCAAAUACAAAGAGGAUCUGGACUGGAUCAAGGGCAUCGGUUGCUACGUGUGGGACACACCUGAGAUGGUGCAGGCUGAACACAACAAAGCCCUCUACAGCGAAAGACUCUACAAAGCAUCUUAUGAGAAGAACAGAGCCAACUUCAGAUACACAUGUGACACACCAUUCUUUGAGGCUGUCAAGAAUGCUUCACUCUUGAUCAAUGAUAGGUCCUACCGUGCCAGCUAUGAGAAGUCUAAGGAUAAGUACACCGUAGUUGUAGAUGAUCCUAGAAACAUCUUGGCUAAGGAGGUCAGCAAGAUGAGUCAGUGGAAGUACAGAGAGCAGUAUGAACGUGCCAAGACGAAGUUCACCGCAGUGCUGGAUACCCCUGAUUACCAAGUUGCCAAGCGCAGCAAGCAGAUCAGCGAUAUCAUUUAUAAGAUGGAACACAACAAGACCAAAGCGACAAGUUACACUCUUGGACAUGACACCCCCUCGAGCCAGCACAUGAAGAAGGUCAAGGAGAUCACCAGCAAUCUGAAAUACAAGGAAGUGUAUGAAAGAAACAAGGCUCACAUCAACAUGGCACCUGACGCUCAUGACAUUCGUGCAGCCAAGGAAGCCUACAAGAACAUCAGCAAUCUUGACUACAAGAAGAAGUAUGAGGCCACCAAGAACAAAUGGAUCUGGACUGUGGACAGACCUGAUUUCAUCCAUGCUGCGAAGAACAGCUUCCAGCAGAGUGAUGUUGAGUACAAGUACGAUAAGGAAAUGAUGAAGGGCUGUGUAAUCUCUAUUCCUGAUGAUAAAUGCACCAUUCUGGCCAAGCAGAACACUGACCUUGCUAGCGAUGUGAAAUACAAAGAGAAGUAUGAGAAAGCCAAAGGCCAGUACAUUGCUGUCCAUGACACUCCUCAAAUCCUUCAUGCUAAAUCAGUGGCUAAACUUGUGUCUGAGACCAAAUACAAGGAGGCCAGCAAAAAGGAUCACCAGUCAGGUGUCUUCACAACUCUUGCUGAAACCCGCGACACAGCCCACAGCAAAGAGAUGGCCAAAAUGACAAGUGCUAAAUUGUACAAGGAGAAGUUUGAGAAGGAGAAAGGCAAGUCUAAUUACAACCAAAUGAUUGCUCCUCCCGAGGUGCAACAUGCCAUGGAAGUGGCCAAGAACCAAAGCAAUUUUGCCUAUAAGCAGGAGGCUAAAGCAAAGCUGACGUACACUUCGGUUGCUGACCGCCCAGACAUCAGGAAAGCCACUCAAGCUGCUAAACUCGUCAGUGAGGUCGGAUACCGUGAUAAGGCUCGCCAGGAGGCCAGUCGUGGUGGAACGCUACUCGGACGUCCUGAUAUCACCCUGGCCACUGAGGUGUCCAAACUGACCAGUCAGGUGGAGGAAAAGCCAUCCCUCCAUGGUGCUGCCUCAUUUGACACUCCUCAGAUGCGUCACAUUAAGAAAAUGAGUGCCGUGACUAGUGAUCUGAAGUACAAGGAGAAGUUUGACAAGGAGAUGAAAGGAAAGAGACCACAGUAUGAUUUGAAGAACAGCAAGAUUUAUCAGACUCUGAAGGAUGCCAAUGAUCUUGCAAGCGAGGUGAAGUACAAAGGGGACCUGAAGAAGAUUCACAAACCAGUUACGGACAUGGCAGAGUCUCUGUCCAUGCAGCACGGCCUGAGCACGAGCAAGCUGGCCAGUGAUUACCAGUACAAGAAGAAGUUUGAGGAAAGUAGGGGUCACUACCUUAUGAUAUCCGACACACCUGAGCAGCUUCACCACAAAGAGGCCUCAGAGCUGCAGAGUCAAGUGAAAUAUAAGGAGAAAUAUGAGAGAGAAAGAGGCAAAGCCAUGCUGGAUUUCGAGACUCCUACUUACGUAACUGCUAAGGAGGCUCAACAUAUGCAGAGUCAGAAAGAGUAUAAGAAGGACUUUGAGAUGACAAUGAAAGGAAAGAACCUCUCUGGGUUGGAGGUCACCCCUGCCAUGAUGCAUGUCAGACACGCUACGAAAAUUGUUAGCGAGAAAGAGUACAAGAGGGAUCUAGAGGAAGGAGUGAAGGGUAAAGGUCUUACAGUGCUGGAGGAAACUCCUGAGUUACUGAGAGCAAAGAAUGCUACUCAGAUUCUGUGUGAGAGAGAGUACAAGAAAUCAUUGGAGCAGGAUAUCAAAGGAAGGGGCAUGUUGGCUUUGGCUAAUGACACUCCAGACUUCUUGAGGGCAAAGAAUGCCACAGAUAUCCUCAGUCAGGCCAAGUACAAGCAGAGUGCUGAGCAUGACAGAGCCACAUACACCACAGUCAUUGACACCCCUGACAUCCUCCACGCUCAGCAGAUCAGGAACAUCGUGAGCCAGAAAAAGUACAAGGAGGAGGCUGAAAAGACCAUGUCACACUAUGUGCCUGUGUUGGACACUCCUGAGAUGCAAAGAGUGCGUGAGAACCAGAAGAACUUCAGCACUCUUCAGUACAAGAUUGACCUUAAAAACAGUAAGGGCAAAGUUUCAGCAUUAAAGGACACCCCUGAAAUGCUUCGUGUUAAAGAAAAUACAAAGAAUUUCAGCUCGGUUUUGUAUAAGGACCUGUCUGCGAAGGGAACGCCUGUGGUGUUCACUCCAGAGAUGGAGCGGGUCAAACGGAACCAAUUGCAGAUUAGCGCGGUUCUGUACUCGGACAGCUUCCGCAAGCAGGUGCAGGGCAAGGCCGCCUUUGUGCUGGACACCCCUGAGAUGAGACGUGUUAAAGAAACCCAGCGUAUCAUUUCUGGAGUCAGAUACCACCAGGACUUUGAGAAGAGUAAGGGCAGCUUCACCCCCACCAUCUCUGACCCCGUCACUGAGCGCGUGAAGAGAAACACCCAGGACUUCAGUGACAUCAGCUACCGCGGCAUCCAGAGACGUGUGGUGGAGAUGGAGAGGAGACGUGCAGAGGAGCACGAUCAGGAGACCACCACUGAUCUGCGUGUGUGGCGCACAAACCCCGGAUCUGUCUUUGACUAUGACCCUGCCGAGGACAACAUCCAGUCCAGAAGUCUUCACAUGAUGUCAGUCCAAGCCCAGCGUCGCAGUAAGGAGCACUCCCGCUCCACCAGCGCAAUGAGUGGUGUGGGCGAUGAGAAGUCAGAGGUGUCUGAGACCGUGGACCACCACGCAUCCCUCUACAGCAAUGGCUUUGGUGUCUCCGCUCUACACGGUUACACACAGACCAAGACAACUGAGGUUCAGCAGAGAUCCUCCUCUGUGGCAACACAACAGACCACCGUUUCUUCUGUCCCCUCACAUCCCUCAACCACUGGAAAAACCGUCCGUGCCAUGUAUGACUACCCUGCUGCAGACAAGGAUGAAGUGUCCUUCAAGGACGGUGAUGUAAUUGUGAACGUGCAGUCUAUCGAUGAGGGUUGGAUGUAUGGCACUGUGCAGCGUACCGGAAAGACCGGUAUGCUCCCUGCCAACUAUGUGGAAGCCAUCUAAAUACAACUACUGCCUUCUCAAACUCCCUGUGGAUGACGGAGUUUGAUAUCUACUCAGUACAUGCUAUUUUAUGUUUACUUAUGUUAGUCCAAGUACGGUAGUUAUGCUAUUGUUUGUCCUCAUUAAUGUUAGGAAAUUUCGUUUGUGCCCAUAUCACAAUGUCUUUUGUGGCAUGAGAAAAACUGACAAACUAUACAUCCCUAUUUAAGUCACAGACAAUUGUAUUUAUCUUUGUUGUUCUAUUCUAACAGUUAAGUAACUGGAGCCCAUUGUUUUUGUAUAUUGCAAUCACACUACAUUCAAAGAAGGCCAUCCUGAAAGUUUUAACGUUGAAACACUUGCACAACGAGAGAUGGGCUCACGGUUCACUUUAUAUGUGAAAAAGGAAUAUCCGAAAUUCAGUGUUUUAUAAAAACCGAACAGCGGCACUAAGGUUGCCAUAUGAAAAUGAAAAGAAAAAAAAACCAUGACAUUGAGGACAGGCCAUCAGUUCCUCUAAAGUGAAAAUGCAUUGAUGUUAAAAACAAGCCUCCUCCCUCCCUUGCUGAAGGCUGGCCACUAUUUGUGUGUGUUUUGUUUCUGAUUCUGUAAGUGUGGGGUCAGAGGAAGAUGUAAACCUUGAAUCAGUAGCUAAUAAAGCACACCACGCUUCUGCAGUCAA